UGGGCUUGUGUCUGUAGUGUCGUUUAAGGUUACUGCUCGUUUACUUUCGAUAUUAACCGGUUUGGACCUGAUAGCUGAAGCAUACUGAUUUUGGGGCUUGCAACAAAAUCAACAAAAAUGAGGGCAGUCAUCACUGUCGCCCUGUUCUGUGUGCUGUACAUCACUGUCCAAGCUAAAACAUCCAGUCCCAAGGUUCAGGUGUACAGCCAUUAUCCUGGAGAGUAUGGAAAGCAGAACACCCUAAUCUGCCACGUGAGUGGCUUCCACCCUCCAGAUAUCACCAUUGACCUGCUGAAGGAUGGCAACAUUCUUCCUGACACGCAGCAAACUGACCUGGCCUUCGAAAAGGGCUGGCAGUUUCACCUUACCAAGAGCGUCUCCUUCAAACCAGAGAGAGGAGAAAAGUAUAUCUGCAGAGUUCGACACAUGACCCAGACAAAUAGCUAUUCAUGGGAGCCCAACAUGUAAAC